AACCACAUUUUUUAAUUGUAUCAAAAUAAAUAAACACAAAUUGAUCACGUGACUUUCUACGAUCUUUCUUUUUCCGGUCACCAUUUCUCGCUGUAAAGCAGCAUGAGUAUCCAGCAGCCAGCUGUUAAUCGUGGGAUAGUGAAACAGGUAUUGUCUGGCGAUGCAGUGGUGAUUCGUGGCCAGCCAAAAGGUGGACCUCCUCCAGAACGAACAGUCUGCUUCUCCAAUAUCCAGGCCCCUAAAGUAGCACGGCGAGCCAAUCCUAAUGUCGAAGGAUCCGCAGAAACUAGAGAUGAGCCAUUUGCAUGGGAAGCCAGAGAACUUUUGAGGAAAAAGCUGAUUGGUCGAGAGGUUGUUUUCACAGUUGAAUAUAAAGCUCCUGGCACUGGCAGGGAAUAUGGCUGUGUCUACUUGGGCAAAGACAUGAGUGGUGAGAACAUGACUGAGAUGAUGAUCAACACCGGCUUGGUGGAAGUGCGGCGCGGGGGACUCAAGACCGACGACCCAGGUCAGCAAAAACUGGUUCAGCUUGAAGAAGCAGCAAAGACUGCUGGGAAAGGCAAAUGGGCGAGUGAUGUCAAUGUUAACGAUCACAUCAGAGAUAAUAAAUGGACGCUAGAAAAUCCACGCAACUUUGUUGAUUCACAUCAUAACAAGCCACUUAAUGCUGUAAUUGAGCACGUUCGUGACGGGUGCACAGUGAGAGCCUUCAUACUGCCAAGUUUUCAUUACGUCACAGUGAUGAUAUCGGGCAUAAAGUGUCCAAUGUUUAAGCAGGAUGACGAAGGCAAGCAAGUAGCAGAGCCAUUUGCUGAAGAGGCUAAAUUCUUUACAGAGUCUCGCCUGCUACAGAGAGACGUGAAGAUCAUUCUGGAGGGCGUGUCCAACCAGAAUCUGCUGGGAACAGUGAUACACCCUAACGGUAACAUAGGAGAGCUGCUGUUGAAGGAAGGUUUCGCUCGGUGUGUUGACUGGAGUAUGGGGGUCGUCUCACAAGGGCCAGAAAAACUAAGAGCAGCAGAAAAAAUGGCCAAAGAGAAGAAACUGAGGAUCUGGAAAGACUACAAACCAUCGGCUUCAACUAUCGACCACAAGGACAAAAAUUACAGUGGAAAGGUAAUUGAGGUUGUCAAUGGCGAUGCCCUUGUUGUCAGAUUGGGAGAAAAUUCAUUCAAAAAGAUUUUUCUAGCAAGUAUACGACCACCACGAAUAUCUCAAGAAUCUGGUGACAGUGCCCCAACACGAGAUGCAAACAAGCGAAUUCGACCACUGUAUGACAUUCCUUAUAUGUAUGAAGCUCGUGAAUUUCUAAGGAAAAAACUAAUUGGCAAGAAGGUAACAGUUGAAGUUGACUACGUUCAGCCACCCAACCAGGGAUUUCCCGAGAAGACCUGUUGUACAGUUACCAUAGGAGGCAUCAAUGUAGCAGAGGCCCUCGUCAGUAAAGGCCUGGCUUCAUUUCACCUGUGUAAAGUUUUAUGUGUUGUUUAUUCAGGUAUCGAGUGCCCGCGAGCAUCACGACCAGGCCCGGGUGGCACCACAAUCCCUGCAGAACCUUACGGUGAAGAAGCCCACUUACUUACAAAGGAACUCUGUCUUCAGAGAGAGGUGGCGGUAGAGGUAGAAGCGAUCGACAAGGGAGGUAACUUCAUUGGCUGGCUGUUUGUGGACAACACGAAUCUGUCUCACUCGUUAGUGGAAGCUGGUUUAGCUAAAGUUCAUUUCACAGCAGAACGAAGUUCACAUUACAAGACUUUACUGGCUGCCCAGGAGAAGGCAAAAGAGCAAAAACUCCAGAUCUGGUCUACGUAUGUGGAGCCGAAGCCAGUAGAGAUCGUAGAAGAACCAAUGGAGAGGAAAGUGAACCAUCGCAGUGUUAUUGUCACAGAAGUUGUAUCUGAUGAUCUCAAGUUUUAUGUGCAGUUUGUUGAGAAUGGCCCACAGUUAGAUCAGCUGAUGGAACAGUUACAUAAAGAGAUGGAGUGUAACCCCCCACUGCCUGGAGCAUACACCCCAACCAAAGGAGAGCUCUGUGCUGCCCGGUUCUCUCAAGACAAGCAGUGGUACCGAGGUAAAAUUGAGAAAAUAGAGGGAUCAAAAGUUACAGUCAUGUUUAUUGACUAUGGAAAUAAAGAAACCAUGACGUCAAAAGAUCUGGCUGCAUUACCGUUAUGCUUCCGCUCUCUGGCGCCCCAGGCAACGCCUUACACCCUGGCUUGUAUCUUGCUUCCAAAUGACGAAGAUGCCCGCCAGGAUGCUCUGGAGGCGCUGUAUAACGACAUCCUCAACAAGCAGCUGCUUCUGAACGUGGAGUACAAGGGUUCGCCGGACCAUGUGACGCUGGCCGACCCCGACAGCAAGGACGACGUGGGCCAGGCGUUGACCGCCGAGGGGCUGGUGCUCGUCGAGCAGCGCAAGGAGAAGAGGCUCGCCAAGCUCGUGUCCGACUACAGCAAGGCGCAGGACAAGGCCAAGUCGGAGAGGCGAAAUAUUUGGUGUUAUGGUGACUUCACUGAAGAUGAUGCUAAGGAGUUUGGUUAUCAGCGAUGAGUUUGCAUGUUUGUCACAGUGCUGUACCAUAUGAACACAAGUGAAAGAUAGUAUAUAUCCAAUUAACAUGUUACAUGGCUACGUGCCAUUUCCGCAGAAACACAAGUCAAAGUUAGGAUAAUUUAUCUACAAAUAUAUUAUAUAUAUUGAUUUAUUUCCAGUACAGUCAGGAAAAUUUACUCUUUUUUUAUGUUAAAUUCAUGAAGAUUUAUGCAUGAAAUUACAAAUCAUGUACAUAGCUUGAUGCAAGUGUAAAAUGGAAAAGUAAGACAAAGUUUGAGAGAAUUGCCUUCAAUUAUGACAUAACCAAAAACAUUGUGGUUUCAAAUAAAAAAUGAAACUGAUGUUUUAGGAUAAAAUUUAUUAAGAGAAUUGACACGUUUUACAUAAUAAUUUUGUAGACAAACGGAACUCUAUAUUGUUGCAGGCCAAUAAUAUUUCAAAUUGGUCUAUUUCAUAAUAUCCAUUGGUAACAAACCAAAUGAUUUUUAUUUUUUAUUUGUUCUCGAGUUGUUCACACCAGUACUAUUAACUUCAUUCAUGCCAACUGAUUUGUUUGAUAUUAUUUGUUCUGUAGUUAUUCACAUGAAUGCUAUUAAUUUUAUUCAGUGUGAUUUUCCAGUAAAUUUUCCUGACUGUUAGUGGUUUUGGGAUGCAAUGAAGUAAUGCUGGACACAUCCAUUGGGCACACUGCUCAUUUCUCCUGGAAAUACAACUGAAAGCAAGGUUCUCACAUCACCACACAUUUUACCAUUCUACCUAUUUUUAAAGGACUUUAAAAUACUUUCAUUUUACCCAUUUUAUUAUACAUGCUGUGUUAGUUUAAAAUUGAUCAAAUGUCGCCUAUUAUUUCAUAUUGAUCCAAAACAGUUAUUAUUCCUCCUAAAUCUCACAAACCAUUGUUUUAUCAUUUUCAUUUUCUAUAAAGCCCAUGUAAAUUUAAUAUGCAAGUACAUGGCAAUUUAACAUUUGAAAGCAAUUCCCAUUUUAUACUUGCUGAAAAAGGUUCCUGUACAUCAAACAAAAUGGUGUCAAAUCAUUUGGAAAGUUUGUUAGUGGUUGAAGUUUGAGAUUCACAUGGACCUUACCAUAAUUUUGUAAAUCUCAACAAUUUUGAUUUUUCCUUGCACUGGAACUUUUUAUGUGGUAUACACUAGUACAUACUUUACAUCCCACCACAUAUCAUUAAUGCUUCAAAAAUACUGUCCAGUUUAAAAUCUGCGGUGCCCUCAAUCAGUCUAGAAUGGUUGUGAGGCACUUUGUGUAAAGUAGGGAGGCACGCUACUGUGUAUUCUUUUACAUUAAACAGAAAUGGACCUAAGCCACAUACAUUUCAACAUCAGCUUUGCCCAAUGUAGCUACAUUAUGACAUUUGUGGAUAAGAAAACAAAUUGAACAAUAAUCAUGAACAGCAGUAUCGAUGAGAAACCAAAACACUUGAGACUAUACAGAGCUGCCGAAUGGAUGUGUCCAACCAGAAAUCAAAAUAAACUUAUGCCAAACCUA